AUGACCGGAUCAGCCAGCUACGCUGCCGCAAUCAGCACGCCCAACGGCGCGGUUCGCCAACCCACGAUCGUUGCGACAAAAAUCUCAGAUCCAGAUUUGCGCUCGUCACUCGAGGAUAAUCAGAAACCUCCGCGACCGCAGCGGCCGGGUGCGGGAAUCCGCUCGAGGACGAGCUACUUCCGGAGCCUAGGCAAGAAAGCUGAAAAGGACAAGGGAGGGAGAGAGGGUGUUGUGGAAGAGCGACGAUCCGGACAAUACCCACGUGUAGAACACCAGCCGAAUACUGGGAACCCGGACGAAAAUGUCUACGUUCUGACGCUCAAGAUUACGGACUCGCUUGCACGGCCCAUGAACGAGAUGCGCGAGAAAUACUUCCCGAAGCACUUGAACCGCACACCGGCGCAUCUUACACUCUUCCAUGCUCUUCCGCACUCACAGCUUGAGACUAUGCAAAGCGACCUUUCUCAGUUGUCGGCCAAUACAUCACCUUUCGAAGUUACCACGGGCAGCCCAUUUCGGAUGCGCCUCGGGGUGGGCGUGAAUGUGGAUCAUGGGUAUCAAACGAUGAAAGACGUUCAUCAGCAGCUGAAGUCGCAGUGGUUGCCGUUUCUGAGCGAGCAAGAUGCUGGGGGUUUCCGUCCGCAUUGGACGGUCAUGAACAAGGUGAACCAGGAGAAGGAGGUUGACCAUGCUUUUGAGGCGGUGCGGUCGGAUCUGUCCGAGAACAUGCGAGAAGGCCAGGCUCUUGGACUAGACUUGUGGUUGUAUGACUUUGGCAAAUGGAAAUGGAUCAACGAGUACAGCUUUGGCGAACCGCAGAAUACACUCUCCAAGACAAGGAGCAAUCGUGGGGAAGGGUUUGUCGCCUCCAAGAACGACUUUCCCGGUCUUGGGGAGCAGACGCCUGGAGGUGCUGCUGAAAAGAGACCGGCCAUCAUUCUCGUCGGAGGGUUUGGUACCCGUCUGAGGCCUCUCACCCUGACUUACCCGAAGCCGCUCGUCGAGUUCGCCAACAAGCCCAUGAUCCAGCACCAGAUCGAGGCCUUGGCCGCUGCCGGCGUCACAGAUGUUGUGCUCGCUGUCAACUACCGCCCAGAGAUCAUGGCUGAGGCAUUGAAGACAUACGAGGUGCAAUACAACGUCAAAAUCACCUUCUCCGUCGAGACUGAGCCCCUCGGCACCGCCGGUCCUCUGAAGCUCGCCGAGGCCAUCCUGGGCAAGGAUGAGUCGCCAUUCUUCGUCCUCAACGCCGACGUCACCUGCGAUUAUCCCUUCAAGCAGCUCGCCGACUUCCACAAGCAGCACGGCAAUGAGGGUACAAUUGUUGUAACCAAGGUCGAGGAGCCCUCAAAGUACGGUGUCGUUGUGCACCAGCCCAACCACCCCUCCAAGAUUGAACGCUUCGUUGAGAAGCCCGUCGAGUUCGUCGGCAACCGCAUCAACGCCGGUAUCUACAUUCUCAACCCCAGCGUCCUGAGCCGCAUCGAGCUCCGACCCACCUCCAUCGAGCAGGAAACCUUCCCUGCUCUUGUCAAGGAUGGUCAGCUGCACUCGUUCGAUCUCGAGGGCUUCUGGAUGGACGUUGGACAGCCCAAGGACUUCCUGUCGGGGACCUGCCUAUAUCUCUCUUCGCUCUCGCGCAAGAACUCGAGUCUCUUGACUCCCACAUCCGAGCCCUUCGUUUACGGCGGAAACGUCUUGAUCGACCCAUCAGCAAAGAUUGGCAAGAACUGCCGCAUUGGCCCCAACGUCACAAUCGGACCAGACGUUGUUGUCGGUGACGGUGUGCGUCUCCAGCGAUGCGUCAUUCUCAAGAACAGCCGCAUCAAGGACCACGCCUGGGUUAAGUCGACAAUCGUUGGCUGGAACAGCACCGUCGGCAAGUGGGCACGUCUGGAGAACGUCACCGUUCUGGGUGACGACGUCUCCAUCGGCGAUGAGGUCUACGUCAACGGUGGCUCCGUUCUGCCACACAAGUCGAUCAAGCAGAACGUCGAUACUCCCUCGAUCAUCAUGUAA